UGAACCUACUGACAUGUUGUGUUCAAACUCGCACAAAACAUGGCGGCAGUCGAGUACGUGGUUAUCAGCUUUACAUGUGUAUAUCUCCGCCUCUAGCAAUCGGUCACUGCUUCCAUUGCGAUGACCUGUUAGCAGAGGAUCUUCCCCAUUUAAUGCGAGCUCCUUUGCCCCUAUCCUUCAAAAAUGAGGCCACAGGAGCAUAUUCUAAUUGAGGACUUCAAUGCUGAUUGUUAUCAUGCUGUUUUACAUCCAGCGAAUGCGUCGUCGUCAUUGAUGGAGCCAACGUGGCGUGUCAGAAAGAUGGCAAGGCUCAUAUCCCCAAGCUCGCAGCCGCCAUCAGGUUCUUCCGUUCGCUGGAACCCGCUGCUGGACAAUAUCCCGUCAAGUGUGUGGCAUUUGCGCCCAACUUCUGGCUUAACGUGAAACCCACGCCCGGCAGUGCCGGACCCAGGGAGAACGGGGCCAUGGAAACGGACGACUGGGCGCUGCUUAACGAACUGGUACAGAAGGAUCACGUGAUCCUCACGCCUUCGCAAGCUCACGACGACUUCUACGUUAUCGACUACGCUGUCAAGUACAACGGAUUCAUCGUCACGAACGAUAUGUUCCGGGAUCAUGUAUCCAACAAGCGAACUUUUCAUGGCAAGAGAUUGACGAGCAGUUGGGUGCGUUCGCACUGCAUCGACUUCACCUUCGUGGGGAAGGAAUUUAUGCCCAACCCGCGUGCGAUGGAGCGCGUAUUUAACUUCCAGCCGUCUGCAACAGAGUCGCUUCCGUCUGCUGGCACUCCGUCGUCGAGUUCUAGUCUGCAUAGAACGCAGUCGAGUAAUGAGAACGUAGAGGCUGAUAACGUGAAUGAGGACGGGAUGGUGGUCGAUCACAAAGGAACGAAGCGGAGCAAGAACAUCGAUCUCUCGGAAGUGACGUACUAUAAAGUACCACGCGAACUGCUACCGAUGCUGCAUGGGGAAGGCGGCGAAACGAUGGACAAGUUCCAGGAGUAUACAGGGACUUAUAUCGUACUACCUUCUCACUCGGCAUCAGCAUCUCCAUCGGUGUCGAAUGUAUUGACAUUGUCGAUCUAUGGGCCGGAAGCAAGUAGACAGCAGGCUGUGGGUCAUCUGGACGCGUUCCUUCUCCAAAUGCAGCAGCAGUACGCUUAUCAACAGCAGCAACAGUACAUGGCCAGCCAAGCAGGGAUGCAUCCACAGCAACAGCAGUACGCACCAAGCAAUGGCACCCAAGACGACCACAUGAUGGAGAUCGAUCCCUACUAGAGUCAACUGGGUAUUUGCACAAGACAGAAAUGCUGCGUGAGCCUCUAAAUUAUUUCCAUCCUCGCUUGUACCCGUCAUUGUCAGCCUCUCCGAACUUCUUCUCGUCCUGUUCACAACAAAUAAAUGCAUUUGUUAGACUUGUAACCUUUGUACAGCAAGAAACCAUAUACGUACCCUUGUUUCUUCUUUCCA